CUGGUGGAGGAACUUCAGCAGUACCAGUUGCUUCCUAAAAGAUUGGAUUGGCAAGGAAAUGAGCAUUAUAGAAGUUACGAAGACUUGGUGCUGUCCAACAAACAUGUGGCUCCCGACCAUUUGUUACAAAUUUGCAAGCGUAUUGGCCCGAUACUGGAUAAGGAGAUACCACCCAGCAUUUCGAGAGUGAAUUCCUUACUUGGUGCAGGGAGACAGUCACUGUUGCGUACAGCAAAAGAUUGCAGGAACACUGUUUGGAAGGGCUCUGCAUUUGCUGCUCUUCAUAGAGGAAGACCUCCGGAAAUGCCUGUGAACUAUGGCACACCACCAAAUCUUGUGGAAAUACAUCGAGCAAAACAAUUAACUGGAUAUGCAAAGUUCAGUACUUCAUUUCCAGGAAGUAUGUAUCAGCAUGUCAAGAUGCACAGACGGAUUCUUGGCCAUCUUUCUUCUGUAUAUUGUGUUGCAUUCGACAGGACUGGACAUAGAAUAUUUACUGGCUCAGAUGACUGUUUGGUGAAGAUUUGGUCAACUCAUAAUGGCAGGUUAUUUGCCACAUUACGAGGACAUUCGGCAGAGAUUUCCGAUAUGGCUGUUAAUUAUGAAAACACUAUGAUUGCAGCUGGAAGCUGUGAUAAAAUGAUCAGAGUGUGGUGUCUGAGAACUUGUGCACCAGUUGCAGUCCUCCAAGGACACACAGGGUCCAUUACCUCAUUACAGUUUAGUCCAAUGGUGAAAGGCUCCAUGCGAUACAUGGUCUCUACUGGUGCAGAUGGAACCGUUUGCUUUUGGCAAUGGGAUGCAGAUUCCAUGAAAUUCAACAAUCGGCCAGUGAAAUUCACAGAGAAACCUAGACCAGGGGUUCAGAUGCUUUGCUGUUCAUUCAGCGCAGGUGGUAUGUUUUUAGCAACUGGAAGCACUGACCAUGUCAUCAGGAUGUAUUUUUUUGGCUCUGAAACACCUGAGAAAAUAGCUGAAUUGGAAAGUCAUGCUGACAAAGUUGACAGCAUUCAGUUUUCUAACAGUGGUGAUAGGUUCAUAAGUGGCAGUAGAGAUGGAACAGCUCGAAUCUGGCGUUUUCAGCAAGCGGAAUGGAGGAGUAUUUUGUUGGAUAUGUCUGAUCGAUUACCAGGUGACACACGUUCAGAAGAAGACAAAUUUAUGAAACCUAAAGUAACCAUGAUAGCUUGGAACCGAAACGAUAACUAUGUUGUUACGGCUGUGAAUAAUCAUCUGCUCAAAGUUUGGAAUUCCUAUACAGGGCAAUUGCUUCAUGAGUUGGUGGGGCAUGCGGAUGAAGUAUUUGUCUUGGAGACCCAUCCUUUUGAUUCCAGGAUAAUGCUGUCUGCAGGUCAUGAUGGCAACGUCUUUAUAUGGGACAUUACCAAAGGCACAAAAACAAAGCAUUAUUUUAACAUGAUUGAAGGCCAAGGACAUGGUGCUGUUUUUGACUGUAAAUUUUCACCAGAUGGGCAGCAUUUUGCAUGUACAGAUUCUCAUGGACAUCUAUUGAUAUUUGGGUUUGGCUGUAGCAAGCCUUAUGAAAAGAUUCCUGAUCAGAUGUUCUUCCACACUGACUAUCGGCCGCUUAUUCGAGACUCUAACAAUUACGUCCUAGAUGAACAGACUCAACAGGCUCCUCAUCUCAUGCCCCCUCCCUUCUUAGUAGAUGUGGAUGGAAACCCUCAUCCAACAAUGUAUCAAAGAUUGGUGCCAGGAAGAGAGAACUCUGCAGAUGAACAUUUGAUUCCUCAACUUGGAUAUGUAGCAACAAGUGAUGGAGAAGUGGUUGAACAAGUUAUAAGCCAGCAGACAGUUGAUCAAGAUGAACAAGGCUUGGAGCCCAGCAUUCUUGAUGGCGUGAUUAGACAAUUACAACUACAACAAGAUCAAAGGACUGGAGCCGAUCAAGAAUCUGCUUCAAGUGGUCCACAAAGUAGGGAAGGAACACCUAGGGGAGCUUUUAGAAGACCAAGUUUCGACAUCCCGUCUCCUCCCAAUAUUGGUCUGCGACGUAGUGGGCAAGUUGAAGGUGUGCGUCAGAUGCAUCAGAAUGCUCCACGAAGUCAAAUGGCUACAGAGCGAGACCUUCAGGCUUGGAGACGGAGAGUUGUUGUACCAGAAAUACCACCAAGCUUACUCAGGAAGCAGGAAGAAUAUCAAAUUGCAAAAGGGGAAGAAGAGAUUGAUUUUUAUGCAAGAGAGAAGAAAACGUCAUUUGAGUCAUUGGAAAAGAGUGACUCUGAGUCUUCAUUAAUACGAUCUAAGCGUAGACUGCAUAGACGGAAAUGUCCAAAUUAUCGAACACGGAAUAACAUUGAACAACUGCAAUCUUCUGAUGAGGAAAGAGAGAACUGCUUUGGCUUCAUAGAGCAGGAAGCUGAAGAAAGUGAGGGCUCUGGCUCAUCUGACGAAGAGGAAGAGUGGAGAAGUGACAAGAAAAGCAACAGUAACAGUUCUAGUGAUUCUUCAAGUAGAUACUCUGACUGGAUUGCUGAUGCAGGAAUUAACCUACGACCGCCUGUAUGGACUUCUCGACGGAAAGCUGUCAGAUACUACAGUACUUCAGAAGAUGAAGUAUCACCAGAGAAAUCAUCUCCUCCAAAGAGAAGAAGAAGAAAAAGGAGAAAAAAACCCAAACCAAAAAAGCAGGAGGAGGCGAAUGCUCCAACACAACCAGUAAACUUGGAAUUGUCAUAUGAUUGUCACCCUCCUGUCUGGAUAACAGACACAGCUCUUCGAAGAUCCCCUUUUGUUCCUCAGAUGGGUGAUGAGGUAAUAUACUUCCGACAAGGACAUGAAGCUUACAUUGAAGCAGUUAGAAGAAAUAAUAUUUAUGAACUGAAUCCACACAAGGAGCCAUGGAGAAAAGCAGUCCUUAGGGAUCAGGAAUUGGUAAAAAUUGUUGGAAUUAGAUAUGAAGUUGGUCCUCCCACAUUGUGUUGCCUCAAGCUUGCCUUUAUAGAUCAUGCCACCGGAAAACAUACAGACAAAUCAUUUUCCAUCAGAUACCAUGAUAUGCCAGAUGUUAUCGACUUCCUUAUAUUACGUCAGUUCUAUGAUGAAGCACGGCAAACGAACUGGCAAGCUUCUGAUAGGUUCCGAUCCAUUAUUGAUGAUGCAUGGUGGUUUGGAACAGUGUUGGGUCAAGAACCGUAUCAGCCUCAAUAUCCAGAUAGUCACUUUCAGUGUUACAGUGUUAAAUGGGACAACGGUGAAGUUGAAAAGCUUAGCCCAUGGGACAUGGAACCAGUUCCUGAUAAUGUUGAUCAGCCUGAAGAAUUAGGAGCGAGUGUUUCUGUGACUUUUGAAGAGAUGGAGAAGCUACUGUACAGACCCCAGGAAGGGGAAUGGGGGAUGAGAUCUCGUGAUGAGGCGUGUGAACGGAUUAUCAGUGGUAUUGAUCAGCUUCUGACUCUUGACAUUUCAGCAGCUUUUGCUGGUCCUGUUGACCUGUGUACAUAUCCCAAGUACUGUACCGUGAUUGCUUAUCCAACAGACCUGAACACUAUUCGGACAAGACUGGCUAACCGAUUUUACAGGAGAAUCUCUGCAUUGGUUUGGGAAGUAAGAUAUAUUGAAAGCAAUGCUAGGACCUUCAAUGAACCUGGGAGUGCUAUUGCUAGAGCUGCAAAAAAGAUCACUACCCAGCUCUUAAAGUUUAUCAAUGAUGAGGACUGUACAAACAUUUUUGAACUAUGUAGCACAACUGAUGAUGAACAAGGUUGUCUUGAUACUGAUCUGGAUGAUGAAAAAUGUCUUCCGAAAACAUCAUAUAGAAGAAGAAAAGGACGGGGCUUAAAAAAAGGAAAAAAUGUGAAAAAUGGCUAUGAUGAAAACUGUUGGAAGAAGCAGUGUAUGGAACUGCUGAAUUUAAUUUUCCAAUGUGAAGAUUCUGAACCUUUCAGGCAACCGGUUGAUUUGGAUCAGUAUCCCGAUUACAGAGAUAUUAUAGACACUCCGAUGGACUUUGGUACAGUGAAAGAAACUCUGGAAGCUGGAAAUUACGACACUCCAAUGGAACUGUGCAAAGAUAUAAGACUAAUAUUUAGUAAUGCAAAAUCUUAUACUCCAAACAAAAGGUCAAAGAUUUAUAGUAUGACCUUGAGAUUGUCAGCACUGUUUGAAGAGAAAAUAAGAAGAAUUGUUUCAGAUUUCAAAAAUGGUCAGAAACAGAAUGAAAAACUACGAAAAAAACAGAGGUCUACUAGAAGAUUUCAUAAUCAAAGCUCGGUGCAGCAUCCUACCAAAAUGCUCAGAAAUUUGAAGCAGAAACCAUUAAAGUCUCAGGCAAAAAUUGAAUCUGAGCAGGAAGAUUCUUUUACUCGACCUACCUCAAGCAGAGCCGCCUGUGUUGCAAGCCAUAAAACGAAUGCUAGCAAUUACAACCAUAGUUCCUCCGGUGAAUCCUCUGAUUCUGCAUGCCUGGCAUCUUUUGAAAAGAAUGGAAAAGCUAGAUCCACAACACUAACCAAUUGUUCUGCAUUAUCAUCAGAAAGUGAAAUAGAAGAUUCUUUGGUUUCUUCAUGUACUUCAUCUUCAUCCUCUACAAGUAGCUCAGAAGACAGCAAAGAAAGCUCUGUAGCUCUUGUGUCGCCUCCACUACAAAAUGGUGUAUGUAGAAGAAAGAACAACAAUCGUAGGAUAACUAGAAAUACAGCUGCUCAGAGAAAACAAAUAGGAACACUUCUUCAGGAAAAUGGGAAUACAAGAAAAACUGUCAGGAAAAAGUUAUAUGGAAAUGACUCUCAAAAUACUUCAGUGGUGACAGCUGACUCAGUCAGUAAUAGUACUGGUAGGCACAGAAAAACUCGACGCAGAAGUGCUGCUGUGGCUGCUAAUAAGUUAAGGCUAAUGAGUGAUGUGGAGGAAGAGGUUUCAAGCUCAGAAAGUAUUGCCAUUCGGUGCAAGAAUAGAAAACUGCCUCACCGAAAUGCCUCAGCUGCAGCCAGGCGAAUGUUACUGGAGGGGUCUGAGGAUGAUGUAGGCUUAAAGUCUGAAAGUGAAAAAGAAAUAGAAAAGCAGCUUACCAAGAGAAAAAUUCUUUCUCAGCCUGGUUCAUCUGCUGCACGAAGAAAAUUUGUUAGUGAAUCUGAAAAUGGCACUUCAGAUUCUGAGACAGACACAGAGGUGAAGCAGAAAAACUGGCAAAGCAACGGUCAUAAACAGUUACGUAGGACAGUCCAUUCUGUAUCUCUCAAAAGGAAAAGUCCCACCCUAGACUUUUCCGAGGAGGACUCUAAAAGCCAUAAUUCAGAGGAUGGGAGCAGUCAGAAAGUUUCUGACCGGUCAACGUCUGCACAUACUAAGCCUGCAGUGAGCAACUCUGAGGAUGAAGUGGAUUCUGAAUUGGAUAGAUGGAACGGCAGAAAAGCAACUGGUCUGCAGCGUGCUGCUCCUUUAAAAAAAGCAAAAGUCUUGAGUGAUUUAGAGGAAUCUGAAACAGAAGACAAGGAGGACGGGAAAAGUUUUGUCUCGGAGAGCUUGGUGCCAACUAGAAUUGCAGGGAGUUCAAAAUCUGGACCUGGUGCCAGCUUCAAUCACUCCUCUGAUACAGAAUCAGAGGCAGAUUCCAAUAACGGUAAUUAUUGUGAAGAUUCUCCAAAAACAAAAAAGAGGAAGAGAAAAGGAAAAACAAAAAUCAUU